GGACAGAGCAUGAUAAUGUGAGAAAAAAGAUUAUAUACAUGUAUGUGUAACUUGGUCCCCAUGAUGUACAGUAGGAAAAAAUUGUAUUGGGGACAUAACAAUAAAAAAAAAAAAAGAAAAUUAUGAGAAGUCCAAAGUAAAAAGGGAAGAUGUUAGCUGUGCUGCUUAGAAAAAAGCAGGAAACUCAUUUACAAUAUGACUAAAAAUAUGUAGGACAUCUACUUGCUGUGGACAGAUAUUGGAAGGAAAUUGAGUUUAGGGCUGGGACGGAAGGUCCUCUUUCCAAGUAUAAAGCCAUUUGGCAUAAAUAAAAACUAAUUUUUAAAAAAUGGAUUUGGCUAUGCAUUGGGCAUUUUGCCAAGGACUAGAAGGCACAUGAGACAGUGAGGUUGACAUUUCUAAUUUGUCUGUGGGGAAUGGAGGCCUCUGCGCAAGUCUGUUGUGCCCUUCAGCUCCAAAUCAGCACCAGACCAACACCAGGUGUGUACCAGCACCACUGGGUGUCCCAAGCAAGCAAUUUGCUGAGAGGGGCUGCUGUCACCUUUUGGACUUCUGUUUGCCUUGGGCUCCACUUUCCUAACGACCCGGAUUCAGCAUUCCUGACUGUCUAGUAACUGAGUCUGCUCGGUGGUUGCAUAUUUAUUUGAGGCCAGCCCAGUUCUUAAGAUUUAACAGCAGAAAUUAUUCUUGAGAUGAUACUGCCUGGUCCUUCCUUCCCUUCCUCAGUUUGGUCCAGGCAGGUCCUGUCGUCAUCACGUUCAUUCUUAUUUUUAGAACCAUCAAUAGCAGAGUCACUUGGACUCUCCUCUCUGGAUGUCCUUAGAGCUGCAUAGAUCAGGCAUUGCCCACUCGCUGGUUGAGACCUCUUAGUUGCCACCUUACAUGCCAUUCAUCUUGAACGGAGCUUGCCAGAAUGGAGUUUGCUCACGCAUCUUCUCAUAGAUGCCCAUGUUAAUCAGCUUCAGUUAUCUCACUGCUGCUUACUUAGGCUCAAAGUCUCAGCACCCUGGGCUCUACUCAUGCAUUCACUGUCUGCAGGCCUCCAGUCCUUGACCUCUGGGCUUGUCUUUGAAGGGGGUAUUAACAGAGACUUCCUGUUCCCAAGGUAGAAGACUUGCACCCUUCAGUUGGAACAGUUAGGGCCUCCUGCCAUCAGGUUCCAACUUGCCUUCCAUAGCACAUCUACUGUUUCCUCUCCUGUGAAACUCCAUGGAAGCUGUGUCUUCUGGAUUGAAUGCAUUACAAGAAAUUAUUUCCAUUGCUAUAUACAAAGUAACAGGAGCAGAAUGCUACAUUCAUAGGAUUUGGUGCACCAAAUUGAGCUGCUCUGUCUUAUUUGACAGAGUACUUCCAAUUGGGGAGAUGGAUGUGUUUUAAAAGGAGCAUGCUUUAAAGCAUUGAUUGUUAAAACAGAACAAAACAAAGACAAACCUUUCUGUGACAGUAAAUUUCCAUCUGCACAUGGCUGAAAUACAGUUUGGAGAGACAUGGGGGUGGGGUUAGGGCGAAUGAUUGACAUUAACAAGGGAGGAGGCGGACAAUUGGUGGUUGUUGUAGUUUCUGUGUUCUGUAUAUUUUUUGUCCUCAAGUUGCAACCUCCCCCUCAUCCACAGCCUUUAAAAAAUGUGAUACUUAGUAAAUUUUCUUCCUUUGCCUCUGCCAAGACUUUACUGAAGCUUUUCUUUUCCCCAUAGUCAGCAACAAAAGGCACAGAAUUGUGUCUUUUGAGUUUUUGAGAGCUGUGGUUAUGACUGCUAUAUCCAAUAAAGGCAUAACCAAGAAUCGGGUUUUCACAUUCUGAAAACAAAAAUAUGAAAAUAAAUGUCUUUUGAUUAAUAUAUCAGCCCUACACAUGUCUUUUGUUCCAUCCAGGUAUUCCUUUAAUAGUUCUAUAAAGAAAAUACAGGGAUUUUUUUUGGUUUUGAAAAAUUAAAUGGUGCUUUAAUAAUGUUAAAGGUAUCUAGUAUAUCCCAGUAUUACAAUUAACUUUUUAUCUGCCCUGUUCCAGAGAGGAAUAGAAAGAGAAUUUUUUUCAAAACAUUCAGAGAAUUAAUAUGAAAGGGCUAACAAAAUUUAAACCUUUUAAUAUAUGUAUAUUUACAUCAAAAAAGACAUUUUUCUAAAUUCAUUGCAAUAUUUUAGAUGUAAUUCUUUGAGCAGUCAGAGCUUUUAAAUGUGUUUGAGAAGUGAAAUAGAGUAGUCACAUUUUCGGUAUACUCUAUUUAAAAUACAUGUUAUUCUUGUUUAUAUUUGAACAAUGUGUUAAAAACACAAUCCAUUCAUAGGAGAUUUUGCUUGUGCAGAUCUGAGUGGGAAUCAGUAGUUUCUUUGUUUGUCACUAUGGAAACAAGUCAGCCUAUCCCAAAUGUCGGUUAGAUCACGCAGAGUGAUGCUCACGUCUCAGUGUAACUUCAUCAUGGAGCAGGCUGGCGCUGACAUCUCCUCGCCUCCAGCUCUUCCCUCCUGGAAGCCCAGUGCCAUGCAGGAUCCACCCCGGAGGCUCUCUGCUGUGCCGUUCCUCAGCUCCUUUUUCCAGGGCCGACGACACUCUGCCUCCGACCCAAUAGUGCGGCUGCAACAGGGGCGGCACAGUUCUGCUGGCAAGAUGCUGUCCUCGUCCUCUCUCCAGGUGAUGGUGGCGGUGUCCUCUGUCAGCUGUGCUGAGAGAAACCCAACUUACCCUGGAAAAAGAAAUUCAGGACGUCCAACACCAAAGUAUACAAAAGUUGGAGAGCGUUUACGGCAUGUCAUUCCUGGACAUAUGGCCUGUUCCAUGGCAUGUGGUGGCAAAGCUUGCAAGUAUGAAAAUGCAGCCCGCUGGAGUGAGCAGGAGCAAGCUAUUAAGGGGGUUUACUCAUCCUGGGUCACUGAUAAUAUCCUAGCCAUGGCGCGCCCAUCCACUGAGCUCCUUGAGAAGUAUUGCAUCAUUGAGCAGUUCCAAAGCCAUGGUAUAAAAAGUAUCAUCAACCUGCAGCGUCCUGGUGAGCAUGCCAGCUGUGGGAAUCCUCUGGAACAAAAAAGUGGCUUCACAUACCUUCCUGAAGCUUUCAUGGAGGCUGGCAUUUAUUUCUACAAUUUCGGAUGGAAGGAUUAUGGUGUAGCAUCCCUUACCACCAUCUUAGAUAUGGUAAAAGUGAUGACAUUUGCUUUACAAGAAGGAAAAGUAGCUGUCCAUUGUCAUGCAGGACUUGGUCGAACAGGUGUCUUAAUAGCAUGUUACUUAGUUUUUGCAACAAGAAUGACUGCUGACCAAGCAAUUAUAUUUGUUCGAGCAAAGCGACCCAAUUCCAUACAAACUCGAGGACAGCUACUAUGUGUAAGGGAGUUUACUCAGUUUCUGAUACCUCUUCGUAAUGUAUUCUCUUGCUGUGACCCCAAGGCACAUGCUGUCACCUUAGGACAGUAUCUGAUUCGCCAGCGGCAUCUGCUUCAUGGAUAUGAGGCACGACUUCUAAAACACGUACCAAAAAUUAUCCACCUCAUUUGCAAAUUGUUGCUGGACUUAGCUGAGGACAGGCCAGUGGUAACAGAAGAUGUGGUGGAAGUACCUGGCCUCUCUGCUGAAAUUGAAAAGACUGUCUCUGAGAUGGUCACAAGGCAGCUGGAUAAAGAGUUACUGAGACAUGGCAGUGACGCAUCGGACUCUUUCACGCCUAAUGCAGUGGUGGCAGAAUUUUCAAAUCAGGGUGUGGUUCUUUCUGGUGAGCAAGAGUUUGACCCUCUCUGGAAGAGACGGAAUGUCGAGUGCCUUCAGCCCCUGACUCGUCUGAAAAGACGGCUCAGCUACAGUGACUCGGAUUUGAAAAGGGCCGAGUCACUUCUAGAGCAAGGGAGGCCUCCGUGGACAGGGCCUGCCCAGGUCUUGCCUUGCUGUAACUCCAGGCAGCAGAAGCCCAUAACCCGUUGUUACUCCCCACAGUCUCCACAGCUAGACUUAGAUAAGGAAACACUGCUCCACAAUGCAUUUUCUCUCUGGAAUCAGGCUAAAUUUGGAGGCCUGGAAGGACUCAAAGAUGACAGGUCAUCAAUUUUUCAUAGGACAGAUAUUCCAAAGGAGGUACAGCGAAGUAGAACUUUUUCUUCAGGUGUUUCAGGUUCAUAUAACCCUGGGGAACCAGUUACACCCAGCUUUGCAAAUAUCCCUAAGGAACCAAACUCUUCUCACCAGCAGGUAUCCCACUGUGGGUGUGAAACUCACAGUGGUUGUGGCUCAAGCUCUGUUGUGAAGGACGGUGAGACUUGCCACCACCCUGUGGACUGUGGCUCCAGUCCCAAAGCACAGGACAGCAAAGAUCUGUCUGAAGUCACUCCACACACGUCUUUACAGUCUGAGUUGAGUGUUGAAGCAAGGAGAAUGCUGGCAGCCAAAGCCCUGGCAGAUUUGAAUGAGUUUGCAGAAAAGGAGGAAGUGAAAAAGAAGGUAGAAAUGUGGCAGGUAUUUGUAUUUCAUUAAUUAUGUAUGGAUGGGAAAUAAUUUAUGUCAGAGCAAAAAUAAUACAUUUUCCCAAACUCAUUUGUUAGAGAAAUUUGAAGACAUGUUUGCAUAAUACUUAACUUUUGAACUUCAAGUUUCUCAGCUGUCAUCCCAGCUUGCUGUCAUCAAAACAGGGCUGUUUUGUAGGUUCAUUUCAGUCUCUGUGAAAGAAUGCAGUUAGUGCUUAAUGCUCAGCAGGGUGCGUGACUGAUCAAGUCAUCGAUGUUGAUUGAUGUCAGCAGUUCCUUCUUUCUUGCUGGGUUUGUGAAACUGAGGGGCAGAUGGACAGACCGCAGCAGACAGCUGUAGGAACUGACCUGAAGCUCCUCUGCCCUAACGCCUGGCAGGGAACCACUCACCAAGAGACAUAAAUAAGAUCAGAGACAAUUCUUUUUCAAAACUCAUCAGCCCGUGUCCAGGAAGGUCCAAAAGAUGAGUGAUAGGGACUCUGCUCAGCAUUCCCGCCUCAGACUUCCCAGUCCACCCCAGUAAGGCAGGUAUUGGAUUCUGGAAAGCAAAUGAGGAUACCCACAGAGUACCUCCAGUUCUACCCAAGAUUGUGGGGUCUGUUUCUUGGCUUUUAUUUAAAAUAGUAGGUGAAGAUUUUAAUUGUAACCCGUUUUUGUGUUGUACUUCAGUAGAAAGACAGUCUUGAAUCAGCCAUGCUCUCUGCCCAGAAUGAGCAUCUGGUCUAGAGAAAAGGCAGGCCUUAUAAACCAAGCUUUCAGAAACAGGUAAACUGCCCAAAUGUAGGCUGACCUGAGGGUUGGCUUGUUAACCCAUCAUCUGCUAUGAAUUAUUUGUGCAGCUCUUUUUCCACAUUCUGCCAUUAAAGCAAAGCGUGUACACUUUCUAAAAGGUCAGACCUUCCAGAGGCUGAGGCAGGAGGAGUAGGCGUGGAGCCUCACCCUCACUUGUAACUGUGUGACACUUACGCUUUCUUCUUCAGAAUUGUGUUUUGCUUAAGGAGUAGUUAAAUGUCUUGCUUUCUUCCAACAUGAAGUAUUUUCUUUAUUUCCUACACCAAACUGAACACAUCUUCCACUCAGCGGGCAAGUCUCUGCAUCGCUCUGAGCCACAGUGGCUAGCUGUAGGACCUCUGGUUUUCAGCUUACCGUCCCCUCAUGGGUCAGUACCCCCAUGGACCAGACUACUUGAACACAUAAUAUGUACAAAAGCAUCUAUAGAGGUUGAUACAGCCCUAUGGUUUGGAUAGGUUUGGUGUUUUUUUCCUUUCUAGAUUUUAUUGUGGUUCUUUCAGUAAUAAAUUAAUUGAAUUCUGGAAAAAGUAAAAAGAAUAUAUGAUUUGAAUAGCAUCAUGCCACCUGCGCUUCUACUAGACCCUUUCACAUCUAUUAUUUUAUGUGAUUUUCACAGUAAUCCUGUGAGACAGAUGACAUUAUUUACAGAUUUUGUUAAUUCUUAUGAAUUAAGUAUCACAGAUGGGGACGCUAAAGGCCAUAAGGGUCAUGUGAUACACUUGAGGUCAUGUGGUCUAGAUGCAGCAGAGCCAGGGUACAGUUCCUGCGUUUAAUACUUUGUCAUCCGUGAUGUUUUUCCUUACCCCAAUGGAAGAUUUCAGAAAAUAAGUGACGUAAUGGUCAUUUUACAAAAAGGGUCUUUGAGUCAUGUCAUUUCUGCCCAACAUAAAAUCGAAUAAAAGUCACUCUGCUUUUAUGUAUACAUGAUCUGUGAGAUACAGAGGACUAGCUGCAACUGAAAGUUUUGGCUUAUUUAUGAAGUAAUAAGGAGAAACCCAGUGCCGGAGGGCCCUGGUUGCAUGACAUAAACAUUACAGACUGGGGUUGAGCAGACGUUGAAUUGGGAAUACCUCCUUUUCCUCUUUCUCCUGGGCGAGUUACUUCAUCCUCCCUGAGCCCCCAGGACCUUCAUCUGUCAAGGGGCCUCCUUGGUGGGUUGCCAUAAGAAUCAUGGAUAAGUCUGCUCCUGGCGUACUGUAAGUUCUGUACAUACUGUAAGGGUGAAUGAAUGAAUGGUGGUGUUAAUUUUUCUGCUUAUUCCUAUUGUAAACAUAUUUUAUUUACGAAAACAUAAAUCGGAGCCCUGUCAGAAAUUAAAAUUCUCAUCUCUCCUGCUCUCUGUGAGGUAGUUUUAAAAUCUAUUUAAAUUAUCUACGCAUUUGGAGUAUUGGCAAGACUUCCUAGUUAUUUUACCCCAUUAAAUUUCAAAAUGCAGGGUUUGUUUAUUGAAUUCCAUGUAGGAUUCUAAAAAGGAAUUUGAAAGAAAUACAUAUACCACAUCUACCAACUUUUUUGUGUAGCACUUUGAAGUUUGCAUCAGAAGCGUUUCUUACCUCGGGUUAAUCUGCAGAUGUUCUCUUAUUUACACCUUUCCGUCGUCAUUCUCCUUCACCGCAGUGAGCAUUUUUGUUUUGUUCCAAGGAGCCUUGAAAGGAAAUGACCCUCUUGAACUGUUUCUGUAGUUGGUGAAUGAAGUGGAAAACUCCAGUUAACUAAGCCCUUCUCUGAACCAGGCGCUUUAACAGCCCUCUAGGUUAGUCAGGCCACCUGUAGGGCAGGAACAAAUUUCACAAAGGAAAACUGAGGCUUAGAGAAACUAAACGCCUUAGUUGAAGGUGCUGCCUGGAAGUGGGAGCUCUGGAAGCGGAGCCAAUCCACACUCAGUGCCUGAGACCUUAUUCUCCUGGACGCCUAAGGGUCAUCAGAUGUCCAACAGGGCCUGCCUCCCUUCCUCCUCUCUCCCUCACUUUGUGUCUCUCCCUCCUCUCUUGUCUCGUCCUGUCCUCUCCUCUCCUUUCCCUUUUCCCUGUCUUUCUUC